AUUGCCCCGCCACAGAGUAGAGUCUUCAUAGAAGCCGUCGAAACUUUGGCGGUGAUUAGUGGCAGAAGUUUUCCUGAAAUGCGCACAUUCGUUUGUCUUGCCCUGGCGGCCGUCCUCCUGGUCGCCAGCUCAACUUCGGCGGCUACAUUCGAUCCGGCCGCUCAACUCCUGGCCGUAGAUGCAGGUGUCCAGGCUCCGGUGGCAGCCCGUCAAGUUCGUCAGUUCGGAGGAGGCUUCGGAGGACCUGGAGGUGGUUUUGGAGGACCUGGAGGUGGUUUCGGAGGUGGUUUCGGAGGACCUGGAGGUGGCUUCGGAGGACCAGGAGGUGGCUUUGGCGGAGGCGGCUUUGGACGCCCUGGAGGUGGAUUCGGAGGCCCUGGAGGUGGCUUCGGAGGAGGUUUUGGUGGCCCUGGAGGAGGUUUCGGAGGAGGCCCUGGAGGUGGCUUCGGAGGCUUCCGAGGCUAAAUAAAUUUUUUAUCUGUGACUGACUAAGCCAAAUCCUCUAGAAAUAGAAUGUGUAAUGAAAGUGCAAUCAAGCACUUUCUAAUUAAGUUCGAAAUAAAUUUGUCUCUGCUAUUUGA